CAGUUAUCUCCCGCUGAUGCUGAGUAAGAAGUGUCGACUAACUUGGUGAAGUCGGGACAUUAUUGGGAACUUCAAGUGAUGACUUCAGUGAUAACUUCAGGGUAUUUGGGCAGGUUAUCAUGGUGCUGGCGUGGGUUGAGGAGUAUGAGGGCGCUGCAACACCGCCAUCAUGGCUCAUACUACCCCAUUGAUGACGUAGUCUCCGGUCUCAACGACCAGCAGAUACAGUUGCGAAAGACUGUCUUCGACUUCUGCCAGAAAGAAUUGGCACCUAAGGCAGCCGAAAUUGACAAACGGAAUGACUUCCCAGAAUUACGGGAAUUUUGGCGUAAAAUGGGCAACUUGGGAUUGCUUGGAAUAACAGCAAACCCUGAUUUUGGAGGCUCUGGCAUGGGGUAUUUAGAUCAUGUCAUUGUCAUGGAAGAGGUGUCUCGGGCAUCAGGGGGCAUUGGACUGUCAUACGGGGCACACUCCAACUUGUGCAUCAACCAGAUCAACAUCAAUGGCACAACAGAACAAAAGGAGAAGUAUCUGCCUAAGCUGUGUUCAGGGGAAUACUUUGGAGCACUGGCCAUGUCUGAACCAGGGUCUGGUAGCGAUGUGGUAUCCAUGAAACUAAAGGCAGAGAAAAAAGGAGACUGCUACAUCCUUAAUGGCAGCAAGUUUUGGAUCACAAAUGGACCUGAUGCAGAUGUUUUAGUGGUGUAUGCCAAGACAGAUCCUAAUACACCAAAGCCCCAACAUGGAGUGACAACCUUCCUCAUUGAGAAAGGCAUGGAUGGGUUCAGCACUGGCCCAAAGUUAGACAAACUGGGCAUUCGUGGUUCAAACACUUGUGAGCUCAUCUUUGAAGAUUGUAAAGUACCUGCCAAAAAUAUCCUGGGUAAGCUCAAUGGUGGCAUCUACGUACUAUUCUCCGGCUUGGACCUUGAGAGACUUGUGCUAGCUGGUGGACCUGUUGGACUAAUGCAAGCAGCCUGCGAUGUUGCCUUUGAGUACGUUCACAUUCGUAAGCAAUUCAACCAAAGAAUUGGAGAAUUUCAACUUAUGCAGGGCAAAAUAGCAGACAUGUACUGCUCUCUAAGUGCUUGCCGCUCCUACCUGUAUUCAGUGGGUAGGGCAUGCGACCUCGGGCAUGUAAACAGGAAGGAUUGUGCUGGCGUUAUCCUCUAUUGCGCUGAGAAGGCGACUCAGCUAUGCCUUGAUGCCAUUCAAUGUUUAGGUGGAAAUGGAUAUAUUAAUGAUUAUCCCACUGGUCGUUUCCUCCGAGAUGCCAAACUCUAUGAGAUUGGUGCAGGAACCAGCGAAAUACGUCGUUUGGUCAUUGGUCGGGCUCUAAAUUCAGAGUAUAGUUAAUUAAAUUAGUCUGAAUUCUUGUUCUGGCAUGAGUAGACACUAUUAAUUUUGAUAGUACUACUUAGAAAUAAAUUAGUUCUUAUCUUUUAAAGUUAUUAUUGCAAUGAAAUUUUUUUAAAUAUACAAAUAACUAUAUUUAGGAAACUGCUAUGAUGGGAAAUUGAUACUUAUGAAAAUCUUCUCUUUUUUAAUUAGGUAUUGAUAAUGGCUAUUUGAAUUUAUUGUAGAAAUGGGUGUAAAUAUAGUAUUAAAUUUACAGUAAAUGUUAGAGUACAAAUUUUGAAAUCUUGAGAUUUUUUUGAUUUUGCAAAGUUUGUAGGAAAAAAAAAUUCUUUGCAUAGGUCAUUUAUACAUACUUCAGUUGCUUAUUGAAUUUUUUUUUUUUUUUCAACAAGUCAGUCGUCUCCCACCGAGGCAGGGUGACCCAAAAAAGAAAGAAAAUCCCCAAAAAGAAAAUAUUUUCAUCAUCAUUCAACACUUUCACCACACUCACACAUUAUCACUGCUUUUGCAGAGGUGUUCAGAAUACAAGU